GCCGCCUCAGAGGCGCUGCUCCCGCCAGCUCCCCGCGUGGCUCUCCCCUCGGCCUCGCGCCUGGUUCGCCAACGGCCUGUCGCGAACCUCCCUGCCGCGAGGCCGCGCCUGGGCUUGAAGUGGUUCCGGGUCGGGAGAAGCCGCCAACACGGAGCGUAGGGGGCCCGCGGGGCCUCCGGGAAGCCGGUGAAGGAAGGCAAGGGGCAGCCCGAGGGGGGGGGGGGGGACGGGACCCUGCUGCUCGCCUGGUUCUGAGGCCGCGAGAGGGGCGCGCGCGUGCGCACUGCCGGAGCCCCGUGGAAUCCGCGGCAGCGUCUGAGGCCACAGCAGGAAGCUGCUGCUGCUGCUGCUGCCCACCGUCUCCCUCGCAGCAGCGGGGCCGCGGCUGGCGCUCGAGCCCUGCGGCAGGGAAGCCUCGGCGCCCCUUUCCUCAGCCCCAGGGCAGGCAGGCAGCAGCCAUGUCUCUGGGCGAGUACGAGAGGCACUGCGACUCCAUCAACUCCGACUUCGACAACGAGUCUUCCGGCAGGAGCGGCCCCCGGCCUGGCCCUGUCCUAGGCGGCGAGCAAGAGGAGCUGCAUUAUGCCCCCAUCCGUGUCCUGGGCCGGGGCGCCUUCGGAGAGGCCACCUUGUACCGCCGGACCGAGGAUGACUCACUUGUAGUGUGGAAGGAAGUGGAUCUUACAAGACUGUCAGAAAAAGAACGGCGUGAUGCUUUGAAUGAGAUUGUUAUCCUUGCACUUUUGCAACAUGACAACAUCAUUGCCUAUUACAAUCACUUCAUGGAUAACACUACACUUCUGAUUGAACUGGAAUACUGUAAUGGGGGAAAUCUCUAUGAUAAGAUCCUGCGGCAGAAAGACAAGUUGUUUGAGGAAGAGAUGGUAGUGUGGUACCUAUUUCAGAUUGCAUCAGCAGUGAGCUGCAUCCACAGGGAAGGAAUCCUUCACAGAGAUAUAAAGACAUUGAAUAUCUUCCUCACUAAAGCAAAUCUUAUAAAACUGGGUGACUAUGGUUUGGCGAAAAAGCUGAACUCUGAGUACUCGAUGGCUGAAACAUUGGUAGGAACCCCGUACUACAUGUCUCCAGAGCUCUGCCAGGGAGUAAAAUACAACUUCAAAUCUGAUAUCUGGGCAGUUGGUUGUGUUGCCUUUGAGCUCCUCACACUGAAAAGAACUUUUGAUGCAACAAAUCCCUUGAACCUCUGUGUGAAGAUUGUGCAAGGGAACCGGGCAAUGGAGGUAGAUUCCAGUGUUUAUUCUCUGGACCUCAUCCACAUGGUCCACUCCUGCCUUGAUCAGGAUCCUGAGAAGAGGCCGACUGCUGAUGAGCUACUUGAGAGUCCCCUUAUCAGCAAGCACAGGAGGGAGAUGGAAGAGAAAGUUGUGCUGCUUAAUGGCCCAAACAAACGACCAAGAACAAGCACCAUGAACGAGGCUCCUAUUGCUGUGGUGACAUCACGCACGAGUGAAGUAUAUGUCUGGGGGGGUGGGAAGUCAUCCCCUCAGAAGCUGGAUGCCAUUAAAAGUGGCUGCAGUGCACGACAGGUCUGUGCAGGAAACACCCAUUUUGCAGUGGUUACAGUGGAAAAGGAGCUCUAUACUUGGGUGAACAUGCAAGGGGGCACCAAAUUGCAUGGCCAACUGGGACAUGGAGACAAAGCCUCCUAUCGGCAGCCUAAGCAUGUGGAAAAACUGCAGGGCAAAGCCAUUCGCCAAGUGUCUUGUGGAGAUGACUUUACUGUCUGCAUUACAGAUGAGGGUCAAGCCUUUGCCUUCGGCUCAGACUACUAUGGCUGUAUAGGUGUUUCCAAGGCAUUUGGUUCUGAGGUUUUGGAGCCCAGGCAGCUGACCGUGUUCCUCAGCAACCCGGUGGAGCAGGUUUCUUGUGGAGAUAACCAUGUGGCUGUGCUGACCCGAAACAGAGAGGUCUACACGUGGGGCUGUGGUGAAUAUGGUCGCUUAGGUUUGGAUUCAGAAGAGGAUCACUGCCUCCCACAGAAGGUAGAAAUUCAGAAGACUUCCAAUAUUGUUUCAGUCCAGUGCGGCAGUGAUGGAACCUUCCUACUCACACAGGCAGGCAAGGUUUUGGCUUGCGGUCUGAAUGAGUUCAACAAACUGGCCCUGAACCAAUGCACUUCAGGGAUCAUUAAUCACGACGCUUACCAAGAAAUUCCAUACACCACCUGCUUCACUUUGGCCAAGAAACUCUCCUUCUACAAAGUUCGCACCAUUGCCCCAGGAAAGACACACACAGCUGCCAUAGAUGAACGGGGUCGUUUGCUUACCUUUGGCUCCAACAAGUGUGGGCAGCUGGGUGUUGGAGACUAUAAGAAACGUCUGGGUAUUAAUCUGCUAGGAGGACCUCUUGGGGGGAAGCAGGUCAUCAGGGUUUCCUGCGGUGAUGAGUUCACUAUAGCUGCUACUGAUGAUAACCAUAUCUUUGCCUGGGGUAAUGGUGGAAAUGGCCGUUUAGCAAUGACACCAACAGAAAGGGCUCAUAGUUCUGAUAUUUGUACAUCAUGGCCUCGGCCCAUUUUUGGUUCCCUGCAUUAUGUCCCAGAUUUAUCUUGCCGUGGCUGGCACACCAUCAUAAUUGUUGAAAAAGUUAUAAAUUCUAAAACCAUCCUCCGCUCCAGUAGCAGUGGCCUCUCAAUUGGGACUGUGGCCCAAAGCUCUACAGCUGAAGGAGGAGAAGAGGAGGAAAGCGAGCGGGACGCUGAGACCCCUGACCCCAGCAGAGGUUUCCGAGGAACCAUGGAAGCAGACCAUGGGAUGGGGGAUCGGAUUAGUGCAACAGAAGCAGUUGCAGACAGCAGUUCUGCCAGUAGCUCCUGCCCUAGCUGGUUACGCAAGGAGCUGGAGAAUGCAGAGUUCAUCCCCAUGCCUGAAAACCCCUCUCUUGUGAGCCUAGCCUCUUCAGAAUCUGACAAAGAAACUCUUCCCUACAAUGAGCUUAAGGGGCUGCACUUGGCUUCACCCACACAUGUUGAUAACAAGUCUGAAGCAGGAUCUUGGCGGCAACCCUUGGAUUCAGCAGAGCCCUGUAGUGGGCAGAAGACAUUUGGGGUACCAACUGCAUGCAAAUGCAGUUUGCUGCAGACUGAAGUGGAACGUCUGCAUGGCUUAAUAUCAAAGUGUUUGGCUGACCAGCAGAUGCUGCAGCAACAAACCAACCGUCUCAGUGCCCAGCUCCAGAGUCUCUCCAGGAGGACAGAAGGGUCACAGCGGCUUGAGGCUCAUUCCAAAGCCACACAAACAUCCAAGGAAGAGAUGGAAGCAGAUCCAAAGCCUGACUUGGAUUCUGACUCCUGGUGUCUCCUGGGAACUGACUCAUGCCGCUUCAGCCUGUAGUCUUUUAAGUUCACUGGAAUCUAUCCAAUUUCACAGCACACUAACUUGAAUGAAGAGAGCAGGUUUCCUGGCUUCAGGUCCUUUGUGAACAAGAAGGUCAGGGUCUUCACAGCGUCCAUGUAUGCAAGAGGGGAAGCUCCUUCCUAAGCUAUGAACCUAGGAGGACAUUUAGAGAAAGGCAGAGCCCAAAGUUCAAGCCAGGGUCUGUUCAGACAUCAGCAGCCUGCCCUCUCUAUAAAUACAUUAUCUCAGUCUGCCCUUGAGGUCAGGUAGCCACACCGCAGGAAUGCUCCAAUAGCAUGUCCUUAAUCCCCCCCCCAACUUUGCAAAGGCAGUAUUGAGCCCUGACACAUCAUCUUCUGGCGACUGAAAAAGGAAAGAAAAUGUAUACCAACAAUAACAGUCAAACUGUCAUGCUCCAAGUUGCUUUCAACCUAAAGUCAAAGGGCAGGACAUCAGCUUUGUAGGAGGGGAAGCAUUGGAAAAAUACUACUCUGAAGGUGGAAACAGAGAAAAUCUGUCUUUCACUGCAGAUGCAUUUCUGGUUAUAUUUCCUCCAAUCUGUACAGAAGGUGUUUUUAACUUUUAACUGAAGGGAUGUUAGGGAGAGGAUCUCUGUCACCCUUUUCUUAGCACUUCUAGGUACGGUUCUGAUACAUUUUUUUUAAAAAAAUGACUGUAUUUUCCAGUUAUCUAAGGAGUCUGUAGUUCUAGAGUUCACAACAAUUAUUUUUCAAGCCAGCCAAGGACUACGUGAAAUUGAAAUUGGACACACAACUUAUUUGCUUCUUCUUUUCAUCUUAGUUUGAGUACUGGAGUGAGUUGUUGAAAGCCUCUUGGCUUUGCGCCCCUUCUGCAAAUCGGUAUUUUCAUUUCCUGUCUAAUGCUUGACGAAGCUGGAAGAAAGCAGUGUCAGCUUUAAUAAUUUAUCCAAAUAAAUUACUUAGAACCAUAGACUUGGUAGAGUUGGAAAGGACCAUGAGGGUCAUCUUGUCCAACCCACAACCUUGAGAUUAAGUCUCAUGCUCUACCAACUGAGCUAUCUUGGCUUGUAAUAGACUAACAUAUACCAAUUCAAAGCUUUCUAGUUUAAUCAGUUCUAAACUGUAUAUAAGGGAACUCUGAAGAUAGAGUUUCUGCUUUUCACCUUAAAGAUGAAAUUGAUACUUUCGCUAAAUGGUGUAAUUGGCAUAAUUGUGAUUCCUGGGAGCCACUUCUGCAUACUCCCCACCCUGGAGUGGAAUUCCCACAGUUCCUUAUUUAAGAAAAUAAUACCCUAAUCUAACUUUUGUGAACAGUUACUGUAUCUAUUUUGUGUCCCUUAUCUUUUAUUUGCUAGUCAUAGAUGGAGUUUACAAUCUUCCAUUCACUUGUCUCUAAUAUCCCCUUAUGCACUUUUCUCUUCUAGAACUAUUAUCAGACUGAUAAACAUUUUCUGGCUGGAAACAGGUGCUAGAGUAUCCUACCCUAAUAGUUUCAUUGUUGAGGAGUUACCUGGUUCUUCUCCAAAUACUGUCUUGGAACUGACUUAGAUACCAUUUUUUCUUCUGUUCAGCCCCAAGAAUAGUGUUGGUAUGCCUUUCCUUACUGUUGGUGGAGGAAGGAGAAGAGCUUGAAUAUAAAAUACCAAAUGAACCGUAGGUUAUUGUGUUAUUUGAUCGAUAAUCUUGUCUCCAAAAGUAUUGGAGCAGUUUUAUUAUUUUUAUAUGAGAAUGCUGUUGUGGCUGUAGAGACUGUCCUGUUAUAAAGUAGGAACUAAGAGAGAAUGAACUCUUGGAUAUUGUCCAGCAAGGAAUUGCUGAGCAAAUGGGAGUUGCUCCGUGUUACAUGUUUGGUAAGUGAAAUGCACAGACAAUUUCCCCCUUGGAUCUUGUGGAGUACUAGAUACUAUAAUGAGGAUGAUCUGUGCUCCACAGCAAUAUAUGUAUGUGCCUUAGGAUUCACGCUGUUCAAGCUGUGCCUGUUACAGACCAUAAUAUAUGCACCAACCCUGCUAUGCAACCAAAGAAGCAGUUUAAACACAUAUCUUGCCCUAGGCUAGAGGGCAAAUGGGCCAGGUGUGCCUUUGAGCAGUUUCAGACCCAUUUCUUUCAGCAGUGCUAGCUCUGUAGAUGUCAGUCUCUUGCUAGCAUUGCUGUUAAUUUGUUAUAAUGGAAUGUGAAACAUGCCUGCACUGACACUCUAGUUGAAAACUAGUUUGUCAUUAUCUAUUUUUUGAAAGGUUCAAUGGUGGAAUGGUUUGACGUUUUCUGUUUAAAUAAAUGUUGACACUCA